CUGAAAGCCCCUUGAGGCACAACACAGUCCUCAGUACGAAGAGAAGGGGAAGUGUAAGCACUAGCAGAGUUCUCAAAAACAAGUUAAUUCAUAAUUGCCUUCUAAACAGAGCCAUCACACGAUGACCCACGGCUGCCUCAAGUGUUUAAAGUACACCAUGUGUGUCGCCAACUUUCUUUGUUUUAUGUCUGGCGUGGCAGUGCUAGGCUUUGGCGUGUACAUGCUGAUUAACUUCAAACUGACUGCACUCACACCUUCCUUGGCCAACUUCAACUUAGCCAACAUGUUGCUGAUCAGCGGCAUCAUCAUCUCGUGUGUUUCCUUCCUCGGCUUCCUGGGAGCUCUGAAGGAGAACCGCUGUCUCCUGCUGACGUUCUUCCUGAUGCUCUUCUUCCUGCUGCUGGUGCAGCUGACUGCUGCAUGCUUGCUUCUCCUGUACGAAAAAGACAUUGCUGACUGGGGAGAGCGUGAUCUGAACGACGGUUUAAAGGAAGCAAAAGGGAAAAAUCCUGGGGAGUUCCGCAGUGAGUGGGAUCUGGUUCAGAAAACGUUUGAUUGCUGCGGGGUGUACAAUGUGUCAGACUGGGGAGACAAUGUGCCUGAAUCUUGCUGCCUUAAAGACUGUACUGGGCCACCACAUACCCCACAAUACAGAUCAACGGGCUGUUUGGACAAACUGAGGACCUGGUUUGAAGAACAUUUCCUAAGCACUGGGAUUUCCAUCAUUGUCCUCUGCAUUAUUGAGGUAUUGGGGAUGUGUUUCGCCAUGACACUGUUCUGCCACAUCAGCAGAUCUGGACUGGGCUACAAGUUGUAGAACAGAGAGCAACAGGUUUUCGUUCAAAAGUUAAUUGUUGUUCAGUUAUGUUUUUAAAAUACGAAUGAAGUGGCUGAAUAAGAUUGUUGAUGAGUGACAAAAAAACAAAACAAAAAAUCAUGACACUUCCUACACGUAGCUUGGAUUUUGUCCAGUUUAUUCAAUUCAAUAUUUUGUUCUUUCACAUUUAUAUGUCCAUCCAUUCUCUGUACCGCUUAUUGUCACAAGGGUCACAGGUCACAUUUACUGUAAAUGUACCUAAAAGAAAUCUCCAGUUUGUCUCCAAGCUGACACCAUUACCAAGUCACUGAAAGUACUUCCUCUUUUUAUUGCCAGAAAAGUUUGCUUCCAGCUAUUUUCAUUCUUUAGAAAUCAGCAGAAAACGGGUUGCUUUUGAUCAAAAACACCGGUUUCUGAUUUUGUGAAAAAAAAAAAAAAAAAAAAAAACAUUCAGGCAGAAUUGUAACGAUGACUAAUAUUUUUUGCUUUUUGUGACACCUCAAACUAUAAAACAAAAACAAGACUGAGAAAGGGCUUUUGAUUGCAAAAUAGUUUAUUUACAGAUAUAUAACUAAGAAACACGGCGUGAGCCACGCUAACUCACUGCUUGGCUCGAGUUGAACGUCAGUGGCUUUUUUUACAUGCUGUUCGCCAUUCACUCCAUGAAUUGCGUCAUCUUUUCUCAUUAUCGUGACACGCAUUCUACAUAUUGAGUGUGAGGUGCCUAAACUUACACAUCCAUGUUGACAUUUCUCUCUCAUAAUCGACGUCACAAACUGCGAUUCAACGCCUAAUCUUUAUCUUGAACUCAAAAGCUGUGCUGAUCUCAAAUCCAAAAGCGAUGCAAAGCUGCCAUGUACAGGGAUCUGUCAGUCAUCGCAGUGAUUUCCAAACCUGAAUUUCAGAAAAGCUGGCUAAGACCCUCUUCCACCUCUCCCCAUUGAAAAUUUUACUUGACGAAUAUAUACACAUCUGUGGCAGUAAAUGGUUGGGAUUCCAGUUGACGAAUACAAACGUGCCACAUUGGAGGUAAAUUACACUCAUGGCUUAGUAUUCAAAGAGCUGUAAGUGGCGAGUGUGAAAUGCUGAGGAAUAAAUACGCUUCCUGUCCCACCACGGACUGUCUCCAAUUUGUGUUAUGCCCUGUUAUGUACCGUCAGGUUGUGCUGCGUUCACAGUUUGACUACAGCCGACUUAAGUUUCUCAUCCGCCAGGUGACUGGCGUGGCAAUUUUUCUGGGACAAUUUAAACAAUUUAACGGACAUCCACACCAAUCAUUUGCUCACCCAGUUUUGUCCAUGGCAGGUUAAAAGGGUUGCCGUGGCCUGAAUUCUGGAUAAAUUGAAAAAUGCAAUCAAAUUAACCAAAAUAGAAUGAAAGAAGCUCAAGUAACACAGAUGAAUUUAUUUUUAAGAAUAAAUCUUGAAAAAAAAAACUAAAAUUUUCAAUACACUUUAAAAUAAUUUUUUUCUUCUUGAAACCAUCACACAAAAAUAUAAUUUUUUUUUGUAAUUAAAAAACAAUGAAAACAAAAUGUAACUGUACACAGCAGAAUAUACCAUUUAUUGCAAACUGAACAUCCCUGGCACCCAAGAAACUGAAGUAUUGCAAUUCACCUACAGAUAUGAAAAAGCCUAUUUUGAUACAACCCUCCUUUUCUCCUCCACUGUUGUGUUUUUUCCUCUUUGAACAUAAGACACAAAAUAGUCCUCUGCCAAAUAAAAAAACUGUUACAUUCCAUAGAAAACCUGGACUGACAUUGUUAUUGUAAAGUAUUGCUCAUCUUGGAUUAUGGACAUUUUUAAAAGCAGCCAUUUGUAUUCUUGCCAUUUCUGAAAGACAAACUAAACACUAUUACAGUAUUUUAAUGUGAUGACAUUUACAAAAUCAAGUGUAAAGUCACAGAUAAACAUUUCAGGUUUACUUAGUGCUCAAGAUGUUGAGAGCAAAUGCCCUGGCAAAAGACAUAUUUCAAAUUAAGAGUACGAGCAGACAGUACCAAUAGCGUUCAAGAGCAUUCGUUUGUUUAGGUUGUAAAGAGUGAUCAACAUCACACGUACACAUACAGUGGCGAGAAAAAGUGUUUGCCCCCGUCCUGAUUUAUUUGUUUGCAUAUUUGUCACACUUAAAUGUUUCCCAUCAAACACAUUUAAAUUAGUCAGACAACACAAGUAAACACAAAAUGCAGUUUUUUUUUUUUUUUUUUUUUUUAUUAUUGAGGGAGGAAAAAAUCCAAACCUACAUGGCCCUGUGUGAAAAAGUGAUUGCCCCCUAAACCUAAUAACUGGUUGGGCCACCCUUAGCAGCAACAAUGGCAAUCAAGCGUUGGCGAUAACUUGCAAUGAGUCUCUUACAGCGCUGUGGAACAAUUUUGACCCAGUCAUUUUUGCAGUAUUGUUGUAAUCCAGCCACAUUGAAGGUUUUUCAAGCAUGAACCACCUUUUUAAAGGUCAUGGCACAGCAUCUCAAUAGGAUUUAGGUAGGUCAGGACUUUGACUAGUUGUUGUUUUGUUUCCACCCAUUCAGAGGUGGACUUGCUGGUGUGUUUUGAAUCAUUGUCCUGCUGCAGAAUUCAAGUUCGUUUUCAUCUUGAGGUCACAAACAGAGGGCUGGACAUUCUACUUCAGGAUUUUUUUGGUAGACAGCAGAAUUCAUGGUUCAAUUCAUGGUGGACCUCUUGGAUGAGUCGUCGCUGCGCUCUUGGGGUAAUUUUAAGUCGGCCGGCUACUCCCGGGAGGGUUCGCCACUUCUAGUAUUUCUGCCAUUUGUGGAUAAUGGCUCUCACUGUGGUCUGUUGGAGUCAAACCUUUAGAAAUGGCUUUAUAGCCUUUUCCACACUAAUAGAUCUCAAUUACGUUCUCAUUUGUCCCUGAAUUUGUUUAUAUCUCGGCAUGAUGUCUAGCUUUUGAGGAUCUUUUUGUCUACUUCAUGUUGUCAGGCAGUCCUAUUUGAGUGAUUUAUUGAUUGAGAAAAGGUGUGGCAGUAUUAGGCCUGCGUGUGGCUAGAGAAAUUUAACUCUGGUAUGGUAAACCUCAGUUAUGUUUUAACAGGGGACAAUCACUUUUUCAGAAAGGGUCAUGGAGGUUUUUAUUUUUUUCCUCCCUUAACACAUUCACUACCAUUGACGGCUUUAGAAGUCAAAUAGCCAUGUUAACUGGGAAGGCUGGCAGUGAAAAGUGGGGGGGAAAAAAACAAAAAUUAGAAAACUGCAUAUUGUGUUUACUUGUGUGGUAUUUGACUUAUAUUUAAAAUUGUUUGAUCAUGGGAAACAUUUAAGUGUGACAGACCUGCAAAAAAAUAAAAAAUAAAAAAAUAAAAAAAAUCAGGAAAGGGGCAAACACUUUUUCACACCUCUGUAUAGGCUAAAACAGGCUAAAUUAUUGGUACCCUUCCUUUAAAGAGCCACAAUAGUCAAUGAAAUACCUUAGUUACUGAAAUUAAAUUAAAACCAGGCAUUGUUUUUGUGGUUCAGUUGUGUUUUGUUUUUUUUAAUACUAAUUGAAAGUACAGUUUUUUCCCAUCAAUAUGUUUAAAAAAAAUGAAAAUUUUUUGAUUCAAAAUGACAAAGAAUACAUAAUGUAUUUUUUUAAAUCAUGUUCUUAGAAACAAAUCUGUUGGGUGAUUAAAAACAAUGCCAGACUUUAAGAAGUUAAUUUUCAGUACAUUAUUUUGACUUGACUUUAUCAGUUGAGUAAAUUUAGUUCCCCCCCUUCCUUUUAAUGCAAGCAUACUGACAAUUUAGCCUGUGUAUUUAGUUCACCUAAAAAGCUGCAAGCACGACACAGCAACUGAAAAGACGUUAAUAAAUAAAAGAAAGACCAAGUCUCUCCAACCCUGGUUCACAAAUACCCAACUUAAAACCACAUCAAAGGUUAUUUCCCAACCACGAAUCCCCAUUUAUACGUGGAAUGGGUAAGCACAUAGGGUACCCAGCCCCUAACUGCAA